UCUGCUUCUUCUUGCAAGAACAAAAAAGUGAUAUAAUUUCGCUGAGGUUGAUAAUAGAGAACGUGGGGACCCUGAGAAAAUGGAACAAACAAAGAUGCUAAAGCAAUGAAAAGAAACGAAAGGUCAUUUCAAGUACCAGUGAAUCCUUCUUGGGUUAUCCUCUUGCUCUGUCGGAAUCAAAAGCAGCCAUUUCCAGCAUGAAAAGAUGGAAGGGGCGUGUAAGAUGGAAUGAAGCUAAUCUCAGUGAAAUUGAGGCAAAUAAACCAGUAAGGAAAAAAAUCGAUGAACCUAAAACACCAUAUCAUCCAAUGAUUGAAGAAGAUGGUUCUCCUUCUGCUACACUAGAUACUGCUAAAUCCGUUGACUAUGCUGCACAUGCUGAAGCCUUAAGAAAUGCUUUAAGUAUAGUUGCUCUGAGUCAAAAGCACUUUAGUCCUUUUGGGGAAUGGGCAUCGUCUGGUGGAGAGGGUGAAACAGGGGAGAAAGGUCAAGGUUCUGCAAAGCAAAGAGAUGAUGUGAGCUUUACGGAGAGAAGGAGAGCACAUUAUGACGAGUUCAAGAAAGUGAAAGAACUGCAACAAGAGCUCUGCUUUCUCAAUGAUGAGCACAACAAUGGAAUACAUAACCCUGGUUCGUGUUCGAGUCUUAGCAUCAAAGCAAGAGAAAUACAUAUAGAGGAUAGCGAUGAAAUUCUGCGAAUAAUUGACAUUGAGGAAACUUGAUGAUCUGAGCUUCCCUCAACAACCACAUUCGCUUAUCUUGAAAGUCUCAUCAAAACCUAGUAAUCAUGGUUAUCCAGUUUGUUGAAAGAUUUUGUUAAUGAUAUCUUAAUCAUUAAUUUGUUAAAAUUUCUAUACAAUUUUGACUGGACCAGCAGAUAGAAACAGGAAUCCACGCUCAAUGAAUCCUAGUUGAAAUGGA